AAGUAAAAAAUUAAUAUAAAAUAAUUAGAUUUAAAAAAUAUAUAUGAUUUGUAUCCAUAUCGUUAUUUUCAAAGUAAAAAAAUAACCCCACAUGGAGCAUUAAAGUCACGUUCAAGAUCAAUUCAGAGAAUUUGACAUAAAUGCAAUACAGAAUGUGUUUUCUUUAAAGGUUACGUAGUGACGUAUCUCGCCUUCCGCCUAUUGUUGGUUUGUUGAGCCCUUUAUCUUGCCUCACAGGACAGUAUGGUGGUUGCAAUGCAUUUAAUUGAGAAAUUAAUUCAAUUAACUUAACCCAUUUAUUUCCAUUGGUUCUUUUGUAUUAUUUGCGGGAAAUAGAUACUGCCAUAUUAUGUUAUCCGUGUCUUAGAAGCGAAAACGUGUACCUGAAAGUACAAAUCCUGGAGAAAACGAACGUUGCUGCUUGGUGUUACAAAGAAAGGCGUCCGCCGUGAAUUUCCGCCGGGUUCCGCGCACGUCGGAGUUCCUACCUGUCACCAGCCAUCUAAUCUCGUUGCACCCGAGUCCCAAAUGAAGGUGAGCGCGUCGCCUCGUUCUGUGUUUACCUGAGGCGCCUGUACCGCUGUGUUGUCAGCACACACGCUGACGACCGCCCUCCGGCCGAGAGAGGACGAAAACCCAGCUGCUGCAAGGAUGAAGGGGCUGCCGGUGCUGUCUCUGCUUCUCUGGGCGUGCGCCGUGUACUUCGUGGGCAUCUACCUGUUCGUGGGUGGGUUCCUGCUGGUGCGGCUGGAGGUGAACAGGACCAGCACCUGCGGGGACGCGCUGGAGCCCGCGGCGGAGCCGGCGGACUUCUGCCGCGCCCGGCCGCGUUUUCUCAGGGUCGUCCUGCUCAUCAUCGACGCCCUGAAGGUCGACUUCGCCCGGUACGACUCCAACAACACGGCGCCGCGGCCCUACGAGAACAAGCUCCCCGUCCUGGGGCAGACCCUCUCGUCCAGGCCUCUCCAGAGCCGGCUGUACCCCUUCCGCGCCGACCCGCCCACGACCACCAUGCAAAGGAUCAAGGGCUUCACCACGGGAUCCCUGCCGACCUUUGUGGAUGUCGGUAAUAACUUUGCGUCCAGUGCCAUCCUGGAGGACAAUCUGAUCCACCAGUUUGUGCAAGUGGGUAAACGGGUGGUCUUCAUGGGGGACGACACGUGGGAGAGCCUUUUUCCCAAGAAGUUCUACCGCUCUCUGCCUUUCCCCUCGUUCAACGUCAAGGACCUGCACACUGUGGAUAACGGGAUCCUGCAGCAUCUCUACACAACAAUGGUGGGUGGUGACUGGGACGUCCUGGUCGCUCAUUUCCUCGGGGUGGAUCACUGCGGUCACAGGUUUGGCCCCGACCACCCGGCGAUGGCUGACAAGCUCACGCAGAUGGAUGGAGUCAUCAGGUCCGUGAUGGACCGUCUACAAGAUGACACCCUCCUGGUGGUGAUGGGAGACCACGGGAUGACGGACACGGGGGAUCACGGCGGAGAAAGUCAGAAGGAGACCGAUGCUGCUCUCUUCCUUUACAGUCCCUCGCCCAUAUUUCCUGGACCCCCCUCACAGAAUGAACCCGACGUGGUGCCCCAGACUGACCUGGUGCCCACCCUUGCUCUGCUCCUGGGUGUUCCCAUCCCCUACAGCAGCGUGGGCCAGGUUCUCUUGCCUUUAUUCCCUUCGCACGCACACACAGACGGUGCAGUUAGAGGUCCCAGCCAGCUGGAGGCGCUGUGGAUCAACGCAAAACAGGUCAACCGUUUCCUGGAGACCUACUCUGGCAUGGCCAAAGACAUCCCACCGGAGAGCCUCUCUCAGCUGAAGCAGGAAUUUGCGCGCCUCUCCUCCGAGUACCUCGCCGCCACCAAAGAGGGUCGGUCACCUUCCCCCCUGCUGGCCUCCUCUCUGCAGGCCUACCUCACCUCCGUCAGAGACACCUGCCGAGCCACCUGGGCCCGGUUCAACCCCCUGAAGAUGGCAGCCGGUUUGUGCAUCCUAGUGCUCGCCUGCCUGAUGUGUUUCUUCCUCUCUGAACUGUCUCUGGUGCUGAUGAGGGAGAACGGCGCGGGACUGAAGGCCCCGGUGUUUGUAGCCGCGGCGGCGGGGGUCGGCGCGGCCGCUGCUCAGCUGUUCACGCAGGGCUACGUGGAGGGGGUGUGGUGCGCGGCAGCCGGCGCCUUCGGCUCCGAACUUCUCUUCCUCUGGAGGGCUCGUCGAAUCAGUGCGCCCGCUGUGUCGAAGAACGGAACCAAAGCCCCGAAGAGCGCCGGCUGGCUGACGCCGCGCCGCCUCCUCGUCCCUUCCCUCGUGGUGCUGCUCCUCCGUUGUGCCUCCCUGCUCUCGGACAGCUACGUGAUCGCCGAGGGCCGGGUGGUGACUUUUCUGGUGUUCUCCCUGGCCCUUUACAUCCCCAUCCGUCUCAACUGGGAUGGCGUGCUCCUGCCCCCGAGCCACGACCCCCUGAAGCCCGCCGGCCUCCUGCCCUCCCCGGCCAUGUCCCCGUCGGCCGUGAGGAAAGAGAGCGGCACCCUCCUGGCCUGCUUGGGACUCCUCGUCGGGAGCCUCUUCUUCUCCCUCUCCUUCCACGGCUGUCGAGAAGAGCAAGGCUCCUGCCAGCCUUCGGCUUUCCUCGCGCCUCUCUCCCGGCUGCAGGACAGCAAGCUGAAGAACAUCCACUACUUCCUCUCAGUCAUUUCUCUCGGCUUGUGGACGUUCCUUCUGAGACGCUGCCUCUGCCACUACGGCAAUCUCAACUCUUCCGGCGGGACUGUGUUCACAGCCCGCUGGAUCCUGCCUCUGCUGUCCGUGUGCCUGGGCCUCCACUGGGCAGUUAGCGCCACCCCCGAGGACAGCUUCAGGAACCUGGCCGAGCUGAUCCGCCUGGCGCAGCUGGCCCUCCCCAGGGCCGCCUUCUGUCUCCUGGGGCUGGGGCUGUCCCUGAUCUGGCUGGACCCCCUGACCGUGUUCGUGAAGACCAGGGCGGCGGCUUCGGCCAGGAGCUCGUCGCUGCCCCCGCCCCGCUACCGAGCGAGCACGGGCAUCAGCCCCCAAGCCGAGCUGCACCACCUCAUCCCUCAGCUCUACCAGCGGAUGCGUCGCUCCCUGGAAGACGGGGAGCCGAGCGCGAGCGGCGAGGUGGACAACAGGCCCGCCGUGGAGGCCUACGGGCUGGGGACCGUCUACUCGGCCCCCAUACUGUUGUUCUGCGGCCUGCUGGGUAUUGGUCUGCUGCUGCUGCACCCGGAGGGCAUGGCCGUGUCUUUCCUCCUGCUGCUGCUGGAGAUGGGAGCUCUGCUGCACAUCCACGCCUCCUCCACAACGCUCCGCGGCCUGUACGGAGCAUAUCUGGGUGGGUUUAACGUGCCCUGGACCCCGAUAGUGCUGUGGUCGCUGGCAGCCACCCAGUUCUUCCACGCCACAGGUCACCUGCCCACGUUCCCCUCCAUCCAGUGGGGCGCUGCGUUUGUGGGAUUUCCCGAAGGACACACGGGCACGCUGCUGCCCGCCUCUCUGGUCACCCUCAACACCUUCGCCUCACACAUCCUGUUUGCAGUGGGGUGUCCAUUGUUGCUGUUCUGGCCACUGGUGUGUGAAGUGCGUGGGAGCAGAGGAGGACGAGCUUGCGGCGAAGACGGAGAGGACGCUGUGAUGGAGAUGAGACUGAGAGAAAAUCCUCAGCAGUUCAGUGCUGCUCUUCUGCAACUCUCAACGCGCUACCUCUUUAUUCAUGGAGCACAGGUCUUUGCAUCAGUCUGUGCAGCUGCUAUCCUCAGGAGACACCUAAUGGUGUGGAAGGUUUUUGCACCCAAGUUAAUGUUCGAGGCUUCAGGGUUCCUGGUGAGCAGCGUGUUCCUGCUGAUCGGGGUCACGCUAGUGCUGAGAGUGGACGUGGCCGUGAGCCACUGGUUUAAGAGACUCAUCCCAGAUGCAUCCAGGUAGCGACGGUGCUGCUGCUGCUGCUGCUGCCGCUGCUGCUGCUCCUGCUGCUUUCCCACCGGAGCCCACCAGAGCUCACUGUGCCACAGAGAAAGUUGCCAUGGUGGUCACUGGAAAGGAUUUUUCUGAACAAAAUAAUGAUAAUAAUGGAAAAAAAAAAAAAAACAUUGCCAUUGGUGAUUUAAAAAAAAAAAAAAAAAAAAAAAAAAAAAAUCCGACAGAUAUGUGAAGUGGCCUCUUGCUGUAACUCUAGAGGGCUAUGUUGUGCAUUCGGACAAGACUUUGAAUCUUGGUCUGACUGAACCGUGACCGUUGGGACUUUUUAUAGUGUUUUUCAAAAAAUAAAAAAAAAGCGUGAUGGGGUUAAAGGCCUCUGAGGUCCAGACCUGCUUGUGUUUAAAGAGAGAAGAUCCGUUUCUGAAUGUUCCUCCUGAAGUUUUCUAACUUACGAAUGAAACCUUCUAAGGCGGUCAGUCUUGGAAGGGGUUCAGCGUGCGGGAGACUAAAGCUUUCUUGAAAACGUCCAGUUUACAGACUCCACUUAUCUGCCACAAGUACCAUUUCAACAGCAUUUAAAUAAAUUUGGCCUGUGGUAUUUGUCAUGUUCCCAAUUCAUAAUUGAGACUGUUAGAAUAUAUGUACAACACAAUAGCUUUAUUGACAAUUCAACAAAAAAAAACAAAAACACACAAACAUAAUUCUAUCUGGCAAAAUGACAUUUAAAUUUCAGUUUUUCCAGGUGGAGGUUAAGUGUCUUACUGCAGAGUCUGCAUGUCUUUUCAGCUCCAGGCAGACCGCUAAAGCCAAUCUGCCACUCAGCAUUUGGAGCUACUUCAUGAUCGGUGCACAAGGAGCUCUCGUCUCUUUGGUUAAAUCCAUCAAAGUGCAUUACAGCAUGUCUGUUAGUUAUUAUUAUUUUUGUAUCACUCAAUAUAUUGAACUAACCAGUGUGUCUGGUUACUGCCAAUUCAUAUUGCUGUGUAGUUAUUAGAGUUUUUACACGGUUCUUCACUUUAAUUUUUUGAAGGUUUUGAUUCCUAACCCUUAACGCAUGUUUAUAACGAAGAAAUUAGGAUUUUUUUUCUUUUUUUAAUGACCGAUUCCAAUUUCAAAUCAGACUUUUGUUUUCUAAUUAGACCCCAUACUCCGUUCACAAGAAUAAAGUUUUUUUUUUAAUUUUAUUAUAUAUUUUUUUUUAUGAUGGUACAAAGUUGGCGGGAUCAUUAGAAGAAACACUGUUAAUUUAUUUCUGCGGUAUGUCUGAGUCAGUGCCCGGCACGUGUAGAUAUGUUACUGUGAUGCAGCUGUAGUCAGCAGCUCAUUAGCUAAUGCAAGAUACGGAAGGAAUGUUUAGCUCAGGUUGAAUUUGCUGUGGUGCGAUUGUUACUCAGUUCCUCAUCAAUCGUUCUGCUGCUGUAGUGAGGGUUUGGAGUGGUUGUGUGAAGAAGAUGAUGAUGAUGAUGAUAGGGCACAUUCAGUUUGAAAAUGUUUAAUAUAUAAAUAACCAGUUAAUUAAAAUGAUUUUACAUUCUCUGGAAACUGUAAUAAAACUUUUCUACUUGA